AUGUCUCCACAGAAUCUGUAUUCGCCUUUGGUUUUUAGCUUUAAUCUACUGAGGAAUAUUAAGGAUGAAUUUGGAGAAUUAAUACAGCCCUUGUGUCGAGUCUCGCCUUUGAAAACAAUUACUGCUUCAGAAACUCAAGUCUCAAGGAAGAGGAAUAUGGAGUAUGAAUAUGAUGAAGUGAAACCAGAAAAAUUAUCAAGAAUCUCACCCUCGUCAACAUUUACGGCCUCGGAAACUGAUAUUCCCAACCCUGAAUAUAAUUUAUUUAGCUCGCCUGUUCAAGCAUACCAAAUGAAUAUUAAGGAUGAAUCUGGAGAAUUAAUACAACCCUUGUGUCGAGUCUCACCUUUGAAAACAAUUACUGCUUUAGAAACUUGGGAUAUAAAGGAUGAGUGUGGGGAAGUGGAACUAGAAACAUUAUCUAGAACUUCACCCUCGUCAACAUAUAUGGCCUCAGAAAUUGAUAUUCCCAACCCUGAAUAUAAUUUAUUUAGCUCGCCUGUUCAAGCAUACCAAAUGAAUAUUAAGGACGAACCUGGAGAAUUAAUACAACCCUUGUGCCGAGUCUCACCUUCGAAAACAAUUACUGUUUCAGAAACUGAAGCUUCAAAUAAGAGGAAUAUUGAAUACAAAUCUGCAGAAGUAGUUCGACCCUUGUGUCGAGUCUCACCCUCGUCAACAAUUACUUCUUCAGAAACUCAAGUCUCAACAAAAAGGAACGCUCAGUAUGAAUUAAUACAACCCUUGGGUCAAGCCUUACCUUUGCAAACAAUUACUGCUUCAGAAACUGAAGGCCCCAAAAACAGGAAUGUUCAGUAUGUAUUAAUACAACGCUUGUGUCGAGUCUCACCUUUGAAAACAAAUACUGCUUCUGAAACUGGAGUUUCAACACAAAGGAAUAAUGAAAAUGGAUCAGCAGAAUCAAUUCAACCCUUGUGGCGAGUCUCACCCUCAAUGAUUACUGCUUCACAAACUGAAGUUUCAACAAGAAGGAAUACAGAAAAUGAAUCUGCAGACUUUAUUCAACCCUUGUGGCCAGUCUCACCCUCGUCAAUAAUUAUUACUGGUUCAGAACCUAAAGCUUCAAGAAGAAGGUAUAUUCAGUAUGAACCUGGAAAAUUAAUACAAUCAUUGUGUCAAGUAUUACCUUCGGAAAAAAAUACUGUUUCAGGAACUGAAGUUUCAAAAAAAAGGAAUAAUGGAAAUGAAUCCGCAGAAUCAAUUCAACCCUUGUGGCAAGUCUCACCCUCAAUGAUUACUGCUCUACAAACUGAAGUUUCACCAAGAAGGAAUAUUGAAUAUGAAUCUGAAGAAUUAAUACAACCCUUGUGUCGAGUCCCACCCUCGUCAAUGGUUACUGCUUCAAAAACGAAAGUCUCAGAAAGAAGGAUUGUUCAGUAUGAAUCAAUACAACCCUUGGGUCGAGCCUCACCUUUGCAAACAAUUACUGCUUCAGAAGGCUCAAAACACAGGAGUAUUGAAAAGGAAUCUGCAGAAUUAAUUCAACCCUUCUGGCAAGUCACUACCUCACCCUCGUCAAUGACUAUUGCUUCAGGACCUGAAGUUUCAAAAAGAAAAGGAUAUACAAAUAGGAAACGGCGUUACAUAGGAGAUCUGGCUUGUGAAGAUUUUGACACACCAAUAAAACGGGAAAAAAAUCUGAAGUGGGUUAAAGAACAGUUUUCCACAUACAGAACGAAAAUUAAAGAGUUAGGAAACACAGUUAGAAAGCUGCAAACAGAACUAAAAAUUUUAAAGGGCUUAGUGAAACAAUACAAAGCAAAAAAGGGCUUAAUGAAACAAUACAAACAAAAAAAAUAGUAUAUAGAAUCUUCUAAUGCAAAUUACUAUUACUCUCGAGUAGUUUUAAAUCUUACCGUGGAAAUAGUUUGCUUAACUUGAGAGUGAUUUUGUAGAAGUCAACCACCAAUAAUGACCCUUUCUGUACUGUAAAGCUGUAGUGAGUCUACUACAGGACACUGUAAGCUCAAUAGGCAUCUAAAGCUGAUGGGGUUGAUGGACGAAGCCACGUGUUUAUGACGUUUUAUGUCAGUGCGCCAGUGUGGCAAAUGAGCAGUUCUUUGUACUAUGCGAUGCUAGACCAUUAUCAAAUCAUUAUCAAAAAGCUAUAUGGAGGGUUCAGUCUUCAAAUCCAAAAGAAACAAGCCUCAAAGUAUCGGUCUCAACAUUUAUUAUUAAAAAGUUAAAUUGUGACAUACGAGUACCAUCAGAAAAAUGUACAAUUAAGGUCACACCACACACGAUCACAUUUUACAUAUUAAAAGAACACCCUUUUAAAUUUCCGAGAACGUGUCCUGGAGAUCAGAAGAGGACCACAAUAAUAGAUCUGAAAAGGUCGCGGAAUGGUCAAGAAAUCUUGAAGCGGUACACAAUCAUGAAGAAAAUUGAGUGUCACAUGACUCUGACAAAAGAUUCCUUUUGGGUUAUCACAUCGUCAAGCUGAGGCACCCAAAUAAAGGAUCUAUAACUAAUUAUAUUAUUAUAUAACUAAUUUAUUAAAAUUUGGAUUUUG